AUGAAUUAAAUUCAAUAAGAGAUCACUAUGAUUCCUACCAAAACAUUUAAGAAUGCACUAUGGAUUUCAAAAUCUUUGAGUGUAAACAAACGAAAAAGUCCCAAUUAUCCAUGUAAAAGAUGGGGACAUACGGCUGUGUUACACGACAAAUAUAUGUAUGUUUUCAGUGGUUGUGGGAAAUCUGAUAAUCCCAGAUAGUGGGAACAAAUAUAUAGAAUGGAUUGCGUUACAUUUUAAUGGGAAAGAUUGAAUUCGCCAUCUUUGAAGCAUCCUCCAGGGAGAGAUUCUCAUUGUUGUGUAUGUUUGUAAAAUAAGCUGUAUUUUUUUGGGGGAUCCAGCAAUGAAUUAAUUCUUGGGGAUUUUUGGAGCUUUGAUAUUGAAACUUCUGAAUGGACAGAAAUUCAGGUACCAAAAGAUAUGGAGGGUAGAGAGGGACAUUCGAUGGUGGCUUUAUCAUCUAGAUUGAUAUACAUCUAUGGCGGAUGGGAUCAAGUGUAAAAUAUAAUGACAGAAUCUCAUUGGUUAUAUGAUAUAAAAACAAACAAGUUUCAAUAAGUGACACAUUUUACAGGGGACGAGAUGAUUAAAUUAGAGAGUCACACGGCUAAUAAAAUAGGGGAUAGUGUUUAUAUCUUUGGAGGGUAAGGUCAGUAGUCGAAUAAACAACUAGUAUUUCAUAAAGAUUUGUAUAAAUUAGAUUUUGAGAAUAUGAAUGAUUUGCAUUCAAAAUUUGACUAAUUGGAGUCUGGAGAUGAUAAGGGUUAGAAUAUAGAUAAUAAUACUGUUAUCAAGAUUGAGAAAAUCAAGGCAAAUGGAUCUCAAUAGCCAACUCCAAGAGCUUCUCAUUCUGCAGUUGCUUAUGGAGAGAGAUUCUUAUUCAUCAUCGGAGGAGAAGGAUAUUAAUACGACUAAUAGAAGGACAACGAAGAGGAGGCUAUUGAACAGGAUUAAGAUGAUGAUUAAAAUAUUGAUGAGGAGGAGAAGCCUAUAUUUCCGAAAAAUGAUAUUUGGAUAUUUGAAACAUUUAUGAGAACGUGGAGCAAAUUAUAGCCAAAAUCUAAAACUCCAGUAUUUCAACCGAGAUUUUCACAUAGUUGUAUAGUGUAUAAGGAUUAGUUUAUAAUAUUUGGAGGGUUGAGAAGUAUGGGAGAAGUGUUGGAAGACAUUAUGGUAUUGCAUUUAAAGGAUAGUGAUAAUAAUGUACAGAAAUACUCAAGGGAUGAGAUGAAAAACGUUUGUAAGUAUUGCCAAUUGAUCUAUGGUAUUCAGUAGGAAGAGGAAAUAUCAUAUCAUAAAGCAACAGAGAGUAGUGCAGUAAAACUACCUAAGUUAUCUUUGACAUUCGUAGAUGAAGUUUCUAAGUUGAUUCAGUGUCCUAUGUCUUGUUUUGGUCUCUUUUUGGACAACGUAAAAUUAUCAGAAGCUGCUGAAGUCAAUUUUGAAUAUGUGUUCUUAUAAAGAAGGAAGAAAUAUUCAAAUACUAUUGAUGAAAUAAGGGAUAAGAUACCAGUGUUGAUAAUAUUUGAGAAAGACCCUAAAGAAUUGGAUGAUUUAAACGAUUUCCUAUUUAAUUUUGACAUUUCCAAAAGGAAGAAUAAAGUGAUCAAUUAGGACUUGGACUUGAAAAAUGAAAGUGAACAAAACUAAGUUCUGGAAGAGUAAUAACUACUCAAUAAGAAGUAAUACGCCUUAAAUUUUAAAAUUGCAUCAUUGCGACUAGGAGAUAGUGUGCUCAUCUGUCAUAAGUCUUAGAACAAUUAUUAUGUUGGGUUGAUAUCGAUGAAUAAUCAAUUGAAUCCUAAUGAUGAAACCUUGACCUUCUAUAAUUACACGAUGACUAUUGCUAAUGGUACUGAGAGGAAGAUUGACUCAACUGAGAGCAAAUAUGUGUUAUUAAAUGCAAUUACUCAUUUAAUUAGUGAGGAGGACUUCAUAUUGAAUUGCAAUUUUAAUUAUACCAAAAUCUUCAUCUUCGAUUUGACUAGGAUACAUGCUUUAUAAAAGAUAUUUGAACUUAGUCUAUUUAAUGACGAUAUAAUCUCGAAUCAAUCAUUGGCAUUUGAAUUGAAGAAGGACGAUGCAAGUAAAUUUCCAGAUUUCUCUUUGAAGGAGUAUCUCAAAUACUAUUCAUUGGAACACUUACCAUUUAGAGUGACUGUGCAGAAUCAAUUGAUCAAUAUGAAUGUUAAUGUGAUAAGUCGAAUAGAGAAUAAGCACAAGGUUACUGUGACCAACGAAAAAGUAGUAGCGAAAUUAAAUGAAUGGGCGGAGUCUUAUCAAUUAGGUAGACUGACCUAAAAUAACUUUGGAGUCCUUCUUUAUUAUUAAGGGAGACUGAUCAAUAGGCAUAGAAAGUAAUUGGGGAUCUAUCCAGGUGUUCUUGAGCAAAGUGGGUAUGUGAACAUUUCAAAGAUUGUUAAACCCAAUAUGACAUUUGAAGGAUUCAAGAAUUCAUACUUGGCGUCUAUCUUACUAUAAACUCUGGAAGCAUUGGAGGAAGAAUGCGAGCCAGAGAGAAGAAAGGAAAUUAAAAUUUGA